ACAAAAUUACUGCUCUUGAAACCAGGCGCGUUUGUUGGGCAGCAAGUUUUUGGGGAAAGCUCUUUCGCGCCUUGUACUCCUUUUGCAUCAUCUCGUGUGCUGCAUAUAGCCAAAAUGCAAGUCUGUAGCGGCCGGGCGACGAAGGCGUGCCGACGACUAGCGGGCGGCUACACCAGCGGCCUGCACGCAGUGGCGGCCGCGCCGCUGCCGCGAGCAGCCACGCAGCAGCUGCGGCUGCGGCUGCGGCUGCCGCCGCUGCCCGCCGCCACGGCCCCAGGCGAGGCCGGCUCCAGCCCCGCGGGGGAUUCAACCGACUACAGUACCGUCACCGGCCCGGUGGGCGAGGCCGCCAUGCGUCGAAUGGCUGCCAGCCUGCGACUGGCCACACCCGGCCGCCACCUGUUCCUGUGCUCCGACCAGACAGUGGCCAAGUGCUGCAGCAAGGCGGACGGCAUCAAGAGUUGGGACUACCUGAAGAAGCGGUGUAAGGAGCUGGGGCUGGAGGGCGGCGAGGUGCCGUUCUGGCGCACCAAGGCCAACUGCCUGCGCGUGUGCGCCAUGGGGCCCGUGGCGGUGGUCUACCCGGAGCAGGUCUACUACCACAGCUGCACGCCCGAGGUGCUGGAACGCAUUCUGCAGGAGCACAUCAUCGGCGGCAAGGUGGUGGAGGAGUUCCGGAUCAAGGCGCAGUAGCAGCGGCAGUAGCAGCAGCACGGAGCGGCAGUAGCAGUGGCAGAUUGGCAGCCGCAGGAGGAGGGGCACCAGCAGCAGCGGCGGCAGGUUGGCAGUAUUGUUGGCAGCAGCGGCAGUAGCCAUGGCAUCUAUCAGCGGUGGCAGUAGCAGCGGCUGGGGAUGCGGCAGCAUGGGCUGCUGCCAAGGAGUCAGGACCAAAGUGAAGGUUGUACGGAGGCGGACAGACUGGCAGAGCCGUACGAGUGCCGUGCGAAGGAGUCAGCCACAGUCGGUCAGUCGGGGUGUGGACUCCUGCAGCACCUUCACAGCUCCACUGGAUGUGGAGGACACGGCUGGCUGGCGGGGAGGAGCAGGGAUUGCACAAUUUAUGUCUAGGCAGGCAUGGAAAUUCCUACGGACGGGUGCAAACGUGCGCACGGGAGCGCGCGCAUAUGCCCACGCCGUGUGUGUUGGCGCCGCGUGCAAGGAUCGGCGGCAUCACACUUGUGACUGUUGUGAGGUGUGCAGUUCUUACAUAUUGGCCCAGUGUGGUGCUUCUGAGCGUGCUGAAACAGCAGCAAUCCCUUAGGAUUGAAUGGGAAUUGAAGGGACGUGUGUUCAGGUGUCGACACGCGGGACAUAUCCACGAAUGUGAGCGUUAGGGGUCAAACGUGGGGAAAUGAGCGCUGAGCCUGGACUUUAUAUCGCUGCAGUCUUUAUCGCCACUUACAGUACCUGCGCUUAUGCGGCAGCAGGACUGGGAUGGAUGCUCGAGGAUGCAACGGAUGGUGAAGAGUUGAUCUGGACAAGCUUUCUUGGCGCGAAGCACCCUGUAACAAUCCUGGUAC